AUGCAUCGAGCAUGUUGGCACAUCUUGCUCUUCAUGGCUCUGCUGCUGCUGCUGGAUGUUGACAAAUGGGCGGACCAGAUCGUGCCUGGUGGGAAGCUGUCGAGGGGCGUGCUGCUGUGUGCAGCAGGCAUCAUCACUAAGAGCGACCUCACUAUGUGUGUGGCUGAUGGGGGGGUAGCUGGUAUGCCAGCAUCAUCAUCAGCAGCAGAUGUAUCCGCAUUAGCAUCUGCGGGAGUAGGAGAUGGAGGAGUGGGGUACGGUGCAGCAGGAACAGUGCCUGGGGGGGGUUGGGGGGCAGGGGAGCAGCAGCAGCCGAGUUACAUACCGGACGGGGCCAAGUCGGUCAAGUGCAGGAAGAAGAUUGUGCUCUCCCUUGCUGUCUCCAACGGGCAUGUGAGUCAUCUGGAGGCUAUCCGAUCAGGUACUGCAUGGUUACCCUCCUUGCAUGCCAGAGGGGGCGAGUCGGUCAAAUGCAGGAAGAAGAUCGUGCUCUCCCUUGCUGUCUCCAACGGGCAUACGCUAGGCACGGAGGCAAUAGAGGCAGUGCUGACUCGAGUGAGUGACAGCACAAAGGCUGCUGCUGGUGGUGGAAGAAAUGGAGACAACAGCAAUGGAGAGAACGCCACCAAGGGAGUGGAUGGAAGAGGAGGGAAUGGCACUGUGACAGGAGGGGGAGAUGGAGGAGGGGGAGGAGGAGGAAAGGGAGGGGAGGGAGGAGGAGGAAAGGGAGGGGAGGGAGGAGGAGGGAAUGGCACCGUGACAGGAGGGGGAGAUGGAGGGGGAGGGGGAGGAGGAGGAAAGGGGGGGGAGGGAGUGGAGAGGCGGUUGGCAGACCCUGUGAAGAUCACGGUGGUGAAGACGCCAGUCUAUGCUGUGUACCCUCUCACGUUCCUGCAGUCAUUCAAUGGCCGGCCGUACGAGGUGGUGGUGACUACAACGGGGUGCAGGGACGGUGCGUAUGACAGCGAUCCCACAUGCGGCUGGUUUCUCUACCCGGAUGGGACGAGGGUGCCAAACAGCCAGGGGUUCUGCUGCAGUUGCAGUGGUGGUGACACGUGGAAAGACUCCAUUGGUCUGGACAAUCCACAGCAGUUCAGGGCUGACUUGGACUGUAGCCUGUGGCGGCAGAAGCUGUUCUUUGGAGGAGUGCCCUCCAGUUCUCACUGCCUUCGAUUCAACGACACCUGGUACCCCACGUACCGCAUAGGCGUGGCGUCUCUGGUGUUUCAGAUUCAGAUCACCAUCAGCAAGCUGCUCUCUGACACGCACGAACAGGAAACGCUCAUCCUCUCGCCCACGGCACCAGUGGCAGUGAACCCCUCUCAAUCGCUCUCAGCCACUCUGGUGGGGGACUUCCUGACCUACACGCAGCUGCCCAACCUGAGUGACCGCCUGCUCUCCGUGCCCCUUCAGCCAGGAUCGCCCACGUUUGGCCGAUUCACCUCCGACACGUCAGGCUGGCAGCUAGUGGACAAGGAACGCUACUCACUGGACGGCAGUGAGUGCAGCAAGGUGGGCACCAGCUUCAGCGCCUUCCGCUUUGAGCCCGACCGCUGCCAGCGCUCCGUGGGCUCCUGCCUCUCCAACCAGCUGCUGGACUUCGCCCAGGAGGAUGCCCAGCGAGUGGCACAGGGUCUUGACCCCAUCUACGCGCUGUCGUCGCUGGGACCCAUCACCACACUGGAAAGCCCAAACGGCUCCCUCAGUAUCGCCCUGGUCGUGACUCAGCGACUCAACUCCCUCAUCACCCUCGAGAUUGCCGCUGAUGACGUCACCUUCAUCAAGAACAGGAGCCCUGGGCGCAUAGUGUCAGUGGCAGCGCCUCUCUUUGAAGCUAUGUCCAGUGAGGGGCGGGUGGACAUCAGAAUCGCCAACAGCGGCUCUCUGGAUGCGGAUUUCACCCUCACGAUUCAGAAUUGUUCUUCUGGCGUUCUCCCAAUACCCGCUCAGGAGCGCAGCAUAGCAGCGGGUGCGACAGCAGCAUUCACCUUUCUGCUGCAGCUUCAGGACUCCCUUGAGUCGCAGCGCUCAUGCCUUGUUGUCCUGUAUGACGCCAUCUCAUCAGUUGCUGACGUGGCACCCCUCGCAUUCACCACCAAUGCCACGGUGGACAACCGGGGGGCGCAGAGCGGUCAGUCAGACGGCAAAGCCAUCCAGAACACCACGCUCUUCUCCCCUCGCCCUGGGUCGUCCUCUUCAUCCUCCUCCUCAUCGCGUUCCAGUGACAGCACUUGCAGUUUCGCCUGUCCUUCAUUCUUCGGCAUGGCCUGCUUCGUCACUCACGCCUGCUGGGGUCGCUUCGCAGGAGCCAUUGCAGUCAUGCUCAUCGUUCUUGCAGGUCUCAUCACCUUGGCCCUGCUUCAUCGCUCCGGUGUGCUCCUCCCAGCCCUCGCCCUCCCCUUCUCCCUCCUGCACUCCGCUCUCAAGGCCCUCCCCCCUCCUCCCGCCGCCUCCCCCUCUCUUCUCCCCACGGAUCCCUCUGCUGCUGGGGAAGGGGGGCCGCAAGGGAAUGGGGUGGGGGAAAGGCAUGGAAGUGGGGCGGUUUGGGCCACUCCUGGUGGAGGUUAUGAGGAGGGCAUGGGUAAGGGGAAAAGGGGAAAGAAAGGGAGGAAAGAAAAAGGGAAAGGGAAGAUGGAGGAAGGGGAUGAGGAGGUGGAGGAGGAAGGGAUGGAGGAUGGAGGUGAGGGAAGUGGGGGUGAAAUGAGGGGGAGGCGGUAUGGCAAUAGUGUGUGUAUAUUUGUGGAUGGUGGAAGGAGAGGGUCCACUUUGGCUGUUGGACCGGGAAUGGAUGAGGUUCCUGGUUCCGGGCUCCAUAGCCCUUCGGCCAUCCAUUGUGCAUCAUCAACAUCUGCACCGUCCAUGUCAGCGCCAUCAACAUCUGCACCGUCCAUGUCGGCACCAUCAACAUCUGCGCCGUCCACGUAG